AGUCCCAUUCAACGCUGUAAAUCAUAUGGGGCACAAUCAGGGAUCUAAAAAUGAUGAUUUUUCCUCGUUACCUAUUAAAAGUUGAGUUAUUUGAGUAAAGACUUCAAAACAUGGAUUCAAAAGUAAUGUGGGGCCCGUUUGGUCGGGGUUCCUUAGGCAUUCAACUAAGGCCCCCUAAACUACCUCAUGCCACUGACUACAGUUAGGCCCUACUUUAAGGAAAUGGCCAUAUAAGAAACUGCAGCCUGCCAGCACAGAGUAUAUUUUCUCUUUGAUAAGUAACUAGGCAGUCUGGUUUUUCCAAUUUUUUACAAAUGGUGCAAAAUUGAAAAAAUUUAUCAAAGAAAAAGAGGUUAAUAGUAUUUCAUACUUAAUUCAUUUAUAUUUAUUUCUCGGGGGUAUCCUUGUUUACUAUGUAGCAUGAUCCUUGAAUUGAAAGAUUCAAGAAAACAAGAAGAUAUUAGACAAAACUGUUUUUAAGAUGAUAUAUAAAAUAUCAGUCCACCUCAUUCAUAGAGGUUUUCUUGCAUUUAAGAAACUAGACAACCUGAUGAAAAAAUUUGAGUUUCUUCUUAGCAGACAGCUUGAUAAAAAAAUUUGAGCUUCUUCCGUGUAGGAACUUAUUCAGAGGUGUAGUGCUAGGGGGCUCAGGGGGGCUGUUUAGACUGAAAAUUGGCAAAUUUCUACUUUUGCUUUUGGCAACAUUUUGUGCAAGAGCCCCCCUUGUUAUUUUGAUAGCACUACAUAACUGGACUUAUUGUACCAUUAGUUGCAAAAUAUUUACCUUAAUUGCAGUGCAUUUCAACUGCUGCAGCAAGACAGGAUUGCGGCGUCAAUUCAAAAAAAUAUUAUCACUGCAACUUUGAUUCCAUCUGUUGUGAUGUUUACAUACUUUAACAUAAAUUAUCAUAUUAGUAUAAGGUAACCCAUGUUUACAUACUUCAACAGAAAUUAUCAAAUUAGUAUAAGGUAACCCAUUUUAUUCUAUUCUAAGCGUAUAAGAGCGCAAAAGCCCUGAAGAACAUCCUUCAGUUAUGUUUUAAAAGUUACAACAUCUUUCAACGGCACGACACCAUCAAAUUCAUCAAAAACCGCCAGAUAGCUUUCUGCCUGUGGAUGUUUAUUUAAGAGUCAGGUUGUUGAAGUAGAAAAUUCUUCAAAGAGUUCAUUUUCCGACGAACGUGAAUCAUACAUAUUCGAAACUGUUGUCUACAUAAAUGUUCUCUAGGUGGAUAUGCAGAAUAAUAGGCUUCGAAGGUGUAAUUUUUAGUGGUUUCUUACUUCGGUCACAAAAAUUUAGCAAGAGAAGAUUAUACGGACGUUGGGGCAGCAGAAAAAUGCAUUUUACAACCUUUCAAAGUGAAACCUAUUCACAUUCUUUAUUUGAUACUCUAAAGGGCGUUAAACCGGAGAAAAUUUCUCAGGGAAUACCAAUGCCCAUAACAGUGUUUCAGCCACUAUUCAAGGACCACAUAUCAUAUAGGGGUUGGGAGGCUGAAGCGUUUUGAGAGUUAAAGAUGCGAAAGGCCGAAUAAAAGAUUGCUGUUGCAUUGUUUUGAACACAAUUUUGAAGAAUCAUUCUCAAUGCCCAAAACUGUAUGCGCUUUGUUCAAGUUCAAGUUCAAGUUUUCAUUUUAAAAAUUCCAACAUACAAAUUCCAGCUAACAACAAGUACAAAACUACAUUAACAACAACAAAUAAUAUCAAAGUAUACAAAAAGAACUAAACUAAUUUAAAGGAAGUUUGUAGGUAUGAAAUUUCUUAAGAGGAGCUCUCUCAAUAGAUAAACUAAUCGAGGAGAGAGCACCCCCUGUACUAGAAGUCUAUUAUUUUAUGGUACAAAAAUAAAGACCUUUAGCGAACACGUCCUUCCUCCAUGCCUGGACGCGAAUGCCUAUGGGAGCUUUUCUACUCCGUACGAUUGUUUCAUCUGAUGCUGGAUUUCAGUUGACCGGUGUUCUUUGUAGACCGGUGUUUUUAACCGGUGUUUUUAACCGGUUCUUUGAUUGCCGAUACUAUAUUUGCGUGCCGUGAGUUAUUCCUUGUCAAAGGCCAGGCUACCUUCGUUGGAUCAGCAACUCUAAUCUCCCGAUUAAACGAACAAUAUAAGUUUCAAGUUACUUUAAUAUAGAUAAAAUCCGCUUAAAAUAAAAUAAUUUAUGCUGAAAGCAAAACUAAGAUAUAACAUGCCCUUCAAUGAUAAUUGAAACAAUUUAAUUCAAAUUUUUCAAUUAAUGAGCUUUCUUACUUCGUAAAUACUUUGUUGAAAGGGCAAUCUUGGAAACCCUUCGUGUUCACCGCCUAAAACCUUGCCAACUACUACAAUGUGCUUACGUAGAACUUAUCACGUGUACAGCAGGUGAUUAUCAUUAAAACUGUGCACGUGGUUGGUUGUAAGGAGUUACUAUGUCACGAUAAAUUUCUACGAAUUCACCUGCCUUCUACUCAGAUAAAUCACUACCUGCCUAUAACGAUUGCCACUACUGUUGAGGACAGACGUCGAUCUGUUCAAAAUAUGUCGCCACUUAAAACAACUGUCAUUGGUAGCUUUCCAAAGCCUGAAUCUCUAGGCAUUCCGUGUUGGGUAAAGAACGGAAAAGAAGUUAUAAAUUUCGUGGAAGAAUACAACAAGGCACUAUCGAAUCAACAUGCGGAGGAUAUUGAAAACCAACUCCAAGCGGCCACUCAUGAUAUAAUUGCAUUGCAGCGCAGAGUUGGUCUAGACAUACUCACUGACGGAGAAUUGAGACGGGAGAAAUACAUACACACCUUCUGCAGAAGUCUGAAUGGGUUCGACUUCCAAAAAACAAAGAAAAAAAUCUGCAGAAACGGUGCCUGGGAAGGGCUUUUGCCAACGAUUGUGUCAAAAGUGUCACACAAAGAAGAACCAGGUUUCAUGGCAAAAGAGUGGAAGUGGAGCCAAAAUAUGAGUGAAAAGCCCAUCAAAGUGACGAUUCCAGGCCCAAUGACGAUCAUGGACACCUUUUGUGAUGACUUUUACAACAACGACGAAGAGUUAUUAAACGACCUUGCUAAAUGCAUCAACAUUGAGCUAAAAUUGUUAGCAGAGGCAGGAUGCAAGGAAAUUCAGGUUGACGAGCCAGUGUUGAUGAGAUAUCCUAUGCAAGGGCUUCAAUAUGGAAUCGAAUAUUUGUCAGCUUGCAUCACCGGCGUUCCUGAGGAGGUCUUUAAAACAGUCCAUGCCUGUUGUGGAUAUCCCCAAUAUUUGGACCAAAUAGACUAUGAAAAAUCUGACAAAGGAGCGUAUUUGAAGUUAGCGACAAGUCUGGAUAAUUCUGGGUUCGAUGCAUUGUCAAUUGAGGAUACGCAUCGCAGAAAUGAUCCUGAGCUCUUUAAGGCCUUCAAAAAAAUAAAAAUCGUCCUUGGUGUCAUCGAUGUGGUGAAAAGUCGUCUAGAAACUGUUGAAGAAAUCCGCAAACAUAUAUCGGACGUAUUGGAAUACGUUCCACGAGAACGGCUGAUUAUCGCACCGGAUUGUGGGCUGAUCUUCCUGCCUAUAAACCUUGUAGAAAAUAAGCUGGCCAACAUGGUCGAAGCAGCGUCUAGUUUGUAAGAAAAAUAUUCAGAGUUUUUAGCAAUUUUAAAAGUUUUGUGAAGAUAAUUUUCAAGUUAAGCAGAUUGUGAAUCAGCUGUAUAUUUAAACUGCUUUGUAAAAUGUUUUCAUUCAAGCCACCGAAAAUUCCGUUUUUUCUUUUGAAUUCUUUUGGCCAUCAAAUCAUGUAAAAUAUCUGUUGCUUUAGGAAUUUUAACACACGCUAAGAAAUUUGUUUCUAGAUAUACAUUAAUAAGAAUGUAUCCUGUUAUUGUAGCGAAUCGUACAUCUGGAGACUGUACCCUUGGCACUAGAGCCUAAAGAAACUGAGGAUAUUUCUUGACUGUUUUCAAACUGUACUUCUGAGACUAAAUUAUGGAUUCUCUGCCACUCAGGCAGUGUGACCAAAUCUCAAUUUUGGAAUUAUGCCAAAUUUGCCAUUAAAUUAUGCUAGAUUUGCAAAAAUUAUACUAAAUUUCUAAUCAAGGCAACUCUAAUUUCUAAUCUGUUCAAAAAAGCAACUUAGAUCAAUGGUUUUGACGUCCAAUUUAUUCCAUUUUGGCCGUUUUUCAAAACUCCUUGGCCAUCAUAAAUUGAUCUGGCUUAAGAAGCAAUAAU